GCACAAAGAAAAAUCAUUGUCUCGACAAUUCUUGACAGUUUCCUCUACAAUAUCAUUCUUUGAUCCGUGGGUUUCUUUGUUGUCCCGUGUGCAUAAAGGUCUCUUAGCCACACAACCCUUCAAACACUUGUUCCUACUCGUCUGGCACGAUUCGAACAAUCUUUCAAUCAACACUUGAUUCAACUGUCGAACAGUUUAACGCUUUACGAACCACCACAAUGUUCCUCAAGUCGACUCUUGUGGCAGCUGCCCUGCUCGGCAUGUCCGCCGUCGAAGGACACAUGAUUAUGUCUCAGCCCGUUCCCUACGGCAAGGAUACUCUCAACAACUCACCCCUGGCGGCUGACGGCAGUGACUUCCCCUGCAAGCUGCGUUCCAAUACCUAUCAGGUUACCCAGUGGAACACGGGAGCAGUUGGCGAGAGCAUGCCCCUAACCUUCACGGGCAGUGCCGUCCAUGGUGGUGGUUCCUGUCAGAUCUCGCUGACCACAGAUCUGGAGCCUACUAAAGACUCGGAGUGGAUGGUCAUCAAGUCCUUUGAGGGCGGGUGUCCUGCCAACGUGGCUGGAAACCUUCCGGCAAACGCUAACGGGGCGGAUCCGUUUACCUUCAACUACACCAUCCCUGAGGGCAUCUCUCCUGGCAAGUACACAUUGGCCUGGACCUGGUUCAACCGUAUCGGCAAUCGCGAGAUGUACAUGAACUGUGCCCCUCUAGAAGUCACCGGCAGCUCCUCCAAGCGCUCCCGAGUGAUGUCCAAGUUGGAGGAACGCUCAUCCACCUUCCCUCCGAUGUUCGUCGCAAAUAUCAACGGCUGCACUACCAAGGAGGGUGUCGAUAUUCGUUUUCCCCAGCCUGGUGACUACGUCGCGUACCUUGGUGAGGCCAGCAAUCUCGCCCCCGAAGGAAGCGCUGCCUGUACUGGUACUCCUACCUUUGCUGCUGCCGGUGAUACGAGCUCCGGUACUAGCUCUGGCACCAGCUCGGCAUCUAGCGCAGCUGCUGCCAUCUCCAGUGCGGUCGUCGCCAACGCAAACACUGGAUCUUACCAGUCCUCGACCACCGCGCCCGCUAUAAAUACGGCUUACGCAGCUCCCCCAGCAGCAAGCUCUGCUUCCUCCGAGUCGUACUCUGGGACCUCCUCUGGGGCUUCAUCUCAAUCUUCCUCUGCGGUGUCUUCGUCUGGCUCCAGCAGUGCUGGCACUUCAACCUCUGGUGCCCUGUCCGGUUCUUGCAGCAGUGAGGGCUCUUGGAAUUGCAUUGGCGGCUCCUCAUUCCAGCGUUGCGCCAACGGCCAGUGGACUACCGCUCAGGCCAUGGCGAGCGGCACUCAGUGCACGCCGGGCCAGAGCGACAGCCUUUCUAUCGCGAGUGCCAUGUCCAAGCGCGAUGUGACUGAGAUGCGCGCCAGACGCCGUGCCCAGGGAGGUCACCGCCACGUUUGAUCGCUCCAAACACACUAUUUCGUAACGAAUAUGAUGAUAUCAUUU